CCUCAGCUGUGCUGUCAUGGGAUCUGGAAACUGCUCCAGUCACAACCUGCAAGUGCCUCCUUGUGCCUCUGGAGAUGAUGAGUGUGAGCACAGCUGGGUGUGUGCAGUGCCUAUAAAGGCAGCAGGGACCUGGGCAUGGCAGGGUGCACCCCUGGGCUCCUGCUCUGUCAGCUGUGCUGUGGCGAUGGGACUGCAGGCUGGCACACCCUGGCUCCAGCGGGACCUGCUCCUGCUGCCCACCCUGCUGGCAAUGCUGCUCCUCUGCGCCAGCGCUGGCCCGGCCAAGCCAGCCAAGCCCCCUGCUGCCUCUGCCAGCCCCAGGAGCGCCGCAGGGUUCCCCCCCGACUGCAGCCGCCUGCCCCGGGGCAGCGCCAGCGGCGUGUACGUGAUCCAGCCGGCGCGCUCGCCCCCGCGCGUGGUCUGGUGCGACAUGGACACCGAGGGCAGGGGCUGGACCGUGGUCCAGAGGAACUCCCACGACACGGAGCUCAACUGGAAGCAGUCCUGGACCACCUACAAGUACGGCUUUGGGAACGUGCACAGCGAUUACUGGCUGGGCACGGAGUACCUGCACCUGCUGACGCAGCAGGGCACCUACAAGGUGCGCUUCGUGGUGCGCGACAAGGGCAACGUCACCCACUACGCCGAGUACGACAUCUUCAGGGUGGAGAGCGAGGCCAGCGGGUACCCCCUGCGGCUGGGCCGUCACUCCGGGGACGGGGACGACUACCUGACCCUCUACCACCCCAAGAAGGGCGGCAUUCACGACAACAUGAAGUUCAGCACGGUCGACAAGGACCAGGACCAGUACAGCGGGAACUGCGCCAAGAGCUACGGGGGGUGGUGGUACAACAGGUGCCAGAACGUCCUGCUCAAUGCCAAGAACUACAUUGUCUGGCCAGGCUUCUGUGACAGCGGAGACUGCGCGUCCUCCCUCAUCCUGGUCAAGCCCACAGAUGUGUGCUGAGCACGCCCAGCCCCCGGCAGUGAGGGGGUGCCACCGCCCCCAGCUCAGUGCCCCAUUCCCGCGCCAGUCCCAGUGCCCAUCCCGCUC